CUGAGAAAAAAAAAAAAAAAAAACUCAUCGGAGUCCAUCCAUGUACUGUGCAGAGGCAGCUGUUGAAUGUACUGAAGUGUGUGUGUUUAUUUGAUCUUCUACGACCCAUCGCGGUCUUUUAGCCUGGUGUGAGAACAGUAAAGUCUAGUAGUGUUCUGCUGUAAGCGCGCGCGUCAGUCAUGGACUGCAGAGUUCUGUCAGUCCAGAGUCAUGUUGUCAGAGGAUAUGUGGGAAACAAAUCUGCUUCUUUUCCUUUACAGGUGCUGGGCUUCGAAGUUGACACUAUCAAUUCAGUGCAGUUCUCCAAUCAUACAGGAUAUGAGCACUGGAAAGGGCAAGUGCUGACUGCAGAUGAAUUGCACGUCCUGUACGAGGGGAUCAAGCUUAACAACGUGAACCAAUAUGACUAUGUGCUCACAGGGUACACUAGGGAUGAUUCCUUUUUGGAUAUGGUGGUGGACAUUGUACAGGAGCUGAAGAGGGCAAACCCGAACCUGGUGUAUGUGUGUGAUCCGGUGCUGGGUGAUAAUGGGGCUAUGUAUGUUCCUGAGAACCUGCUGCCCAUCUACAGGUGCAAAGUAGUUCCAGCUGCUGACAUAAUCACUCCCAAUCAGUUUGAGGCUGAGCUCCUCACUGGUAGAAACAUAAGUUCAGAAAAAGGAUGCAGCUGAAGU